UCUUUGUUAUCUGGGACCAGUGUAAUCUUUAACCUUGUUUGGACUAAUAUGGCUCUGUUUCAGCAUGGUGGGGAGCUAUAUUUCAGUGACGUCUAUGCUAGCCUUGAAUUGCCAGAAGAAAUCAGGACAAACAAAAUUUUAUGGGGUGACUGUCGUUUUGUUUCUGACUUUCGUCUCUUCAAACACCGUAAGACAGGACCAGCCAAAAGAUGCCAAGUUAUUUACAACGGGGGAAUCACAGGACAUGAAAAAGAACUAAUAUUUGAUACAAAUUUCACAUUUAAGAAAGGUGAAGCUGUUGAAGUGGAUGAAGAAACAGCAGCUAUCCUAAAGAAUUCACAAUUUGCCCAAGACUUUCUGAUCAGACCAGCUGGAGAGAAGUUGCCAACAUCUGGAGGCUGUUCUACUUUAGAAUCAAAGGAUAUAAUCACAGAUCCAUUUCAGCUUGCAGAAGAGUCUGAAAAUAUGAAGUCCAGGUGUGCCCCUGAUGUUGCUGGCAGGUGCUGUGGCACAAAGGAAAGCUGCUAAAUCUACAGCUGACUAGAUCACAGUAGUGGACAAGAGGCUAAAGAAUGAUUUGCAUACAUUUUAAAAUCUGCUCUUCUCCAUAGCACAGACCAUUAGAAAAACUAAAUGGCAAAAAGGCACCAAAUUCUAGAUCAUUAAUAAAAAUAAAUGAAUUAUGUUUUUUGAUUCAAUAAAAAUUAAAAAA